AUGAAGAAUUCCUCCAUACUUUCGCUCUUCGUCCUCGUUGCCACUGCGCCGCUCGCCGCCGCCGCCGUGUGGUCUAGCGUAUCAUGCGGCAGCGACAGCAGCUACACGGCCAACAGCACCUACGAAGCCAACCUCCACCACCUGGCGGCCGUCGUCCCGGCCGAGGCAGCCGCCGCACACCGCCUUGACAUGUACCAUAUCUUCGGGUUCGGGUACUGGCCCAACCGGUUGCAGGCGGACUGGAGCUGCCAGAGCAGCGGCAGCGACUGCGCCGCCUGCAUCGCUGACGCCUUCAAGCAGGUGGAGCUCGAGUGCCCGUUCCACAGGGAGGCCUUCUUCUUCGGUGGCAACUGCACUCUCCGUCUUACCGAGUUCCGUAUUCUCGACGACGACGUCUUCGGUACGUUAGCCAUCAUCUCUUAUCUCGCUACUGAGAAAAGAAAACAAUUUUAA